CUAAAUGAUGAAAAGUCUCAGUUUCAUACUGCUAUUUUCAUCAUUCAUACUUUCCACCAUCCCAUUUUCCUUAUCUGAGAUCAAAAACACCAAAAUCCUCGUUGAUCCCCGGCCAAUGAUACUCUUCGAACGAUUUGGGUAUUCCAAAGGAGGUCAUGUGUCUGUCGUCGUUCAAAAUGUUACUUGGAAAUCAAGGCAUUCAAAAUCCCCACUUAACCUUUUUUCCAUGGGAUUUUUCCUAGCAAGUGAUACUUCAUUUCGCAAAAUCUUGAACGAGUCGGAGCACUACUGUGUUCUAUCAAACAGGAAUGUCAAACUCCUUUUCCAGUUUCAUAGCCUCUCUGCUGAUUCAACCAUCAAUGGCUCUGCAGAUAUCGAAGAUCCAGAUGAGUAUAAUUUAGUUUUUGGAAACUGUCAGCCUGAAUUCGAAAUCUCAAUGCACGUUCACACCGAAAUGUAUAACCUCAAUGACGGUAGAAAGGAUUUCCUCCCCGCAGGCCAAACCGUAUUGCCGAAACUCUACUUCCUCUUUUUUCUUGUUUACUCAUGCCUAACCGCAGUGUGGUUGUUUAUAUCUAUCAAUCAGAGGCCUAAAGUCGAAAAAAUUCAUGUAAUAAUUGGGGCACUACUCCUAGUCAAAACCAUGAAGAUGAUCUGUGCAUCUGAAGACAAGAUGUUUGUCCGAAGAACAGGAACUCCACACGGAUGGGAUGUUGCGUUCUACAUUUUUGGAUUCUUGAAAGGAGUGAUGUUGUUUACGGUGAUAAUCCUGAUUGGAACUGGUUGGUCAAUCUUGAAGCCGUACCUCCAGGAACGGGAAAAGAAGGUUCUCAUGACAGUGAUUCCUUUGCAACUUCUUGAAAAUAUUGUUUAUGUUGUGAUAAGCGAGACGGGACCUGCUACAAAGGACUGGAUGACAUGGAACCAGAUGUUCUUAUUGAUCGACAUUGUGUGCUGCUGCGCGGUGGUUUUUCCAAUCAUUUGGUCGAUAAGGAGUCUGCGGGAGGCGUCCAAAACUGAUGGAAAAGCAGCGAAGAACCUGAAAAAGCUUACUCUGUUCAAGCAGUUCUACAUUGUCCUAGUGGGGUAUUUGUACUUUACUAGGAUUCUGGUUCCUGCAAUUGGGGCUUUGAUUAAUUAUAGAUUUGAAUGGUUGAUUACCGUUUUGGCUGAGGGUGCAAGCCUGGGGUUUUAUUUGUUUAUUUUCUGUAAUUUUCAGCCAGUCGAAAGGAAUCCAUAUUUGGUGAUUGGGGAUGAUGAGGAGAAUGAAGCAGGUCAGAUCCUGGAGGAAGAUGACUCCUUUGAAUUAUAGGAUUUUAAACAAUUUAGAGUGAGUUUGAGCAUGUAACUGGUUAGACAAACCAAUCCUAAAAGUAGUUAUACAAAUAAUUUUUUUUUUUUUUU